GACUCCUUUCUUGUGUCGAUGGUCGUCCAAUGUAUUUAUAAAAAAAAGUAAAGAACUGCAGGCUGGGCGCAAACUGCUUUGCAAAUGGCGUACCAAGAAAUUUUAAAUUAAGUGUUGUAGUGUUUAAAGAAGCAUACAAAUAGGAGCUGCCAAAUAAUAACUUCGUAGUAAAUGUUGAACGGCUAUUAUCUAUAAAAAUGGCGAUGGAAGUGGAGUACUCGACCAGGGAAAGGCAUUUGGCUGGGCAAUUGUUUGAUUAUUUUUGCACUACCCAGAGUAUGAAGGAAAUUCUAUCGUCGUAUACAUUGCUGUGCGACGUACUCAGAUUGAAGCCUAAUAGAUUAAAUGAAUUUUACCCGAAGCUUAAGGCCAUAUUGAGUAAUAAUUGGAAAGCCCAGGCGCUGUUCACGAAAUUUGAUGAAAGAGCGAACCAUAAAGAAUAUCAAAAGGGCAAAGCAUGUUCAAAAACGCGUGUUCUAAUAAUUGGUGCGGGCCCCGCUGGUCUUAAAAUGGCAAUAGAAUGCCAGUUACUAGGAGCAAAAGUGGUGCUGAUAGAGAAAAGGGAAGAGUUUUCUAGAAAUAACGUAAUCCAUUUAUGGCCGUUUGUAAUACAAGAUCUAAACAACCUUGGGGCUAAAACGUUUUACGGAAAAUUUUGCGCCGGUUCUAUCAAUCACAUUAGCAUAAGACGGCUACAAUUUAUUUUACUAAAGAUGGCACUUCUGUUAGGGGUUGAAGUACACCAAGGCAUUGCCUUCGAUGAUCUUGUGGAGCCAGAAAUAAGUGAGGAUGAUGAAAUUACAGGAUGGCGAGCGCUAUUACAACCAAGAACACACCCUGUUUCACAAUACGAAUUUGACGUGCUAAUUGGUGCUGAUGGGCGACGAAACUCGCUACGUGGAUUUGAGAAGAACGUUUUACGUACAAAACUGUGUAUUGGCAUAACUGUCAAUUUCAUUAAUCGAAAUACUGAGGAGGAGGCGGCGGUGAAUGAAAUUGGUGGCCUCAGUUAUAUAUUUGCCCAACAAUUUUUUAAAGAUAUAGAAAGUGCUACGGGUAUAGACCUAGAGAAUAUAACCUAUUAUAAAGAUGAGACGCAUUAUUUUGUAAUGACAGCGAAGAAAAGUAGUCUUAUUAAAAAGGGCGUACUAUUAAGGGACUACUUGAAUGUACAAACUCUUUUAAGUAAAGAAAAUGUAUCAAGAGAAGCAUUGAUGAAUUACGCACUCGAAGCGGCGCGUACCGCCACCAAAGGCCAAAUUCCGAACAUGACAUUCGCAGUGAAUCAUUGCGGGGAACCUGAUAUAGCAAUAUUCGACUUUUCAACGUCUUAUUCAUCGGAAAAUGCUUCCAUCGUGUACGAGGUUAUAGGAAAAAGAUUGUUAUGUCAGUUGAUAGGCGACAGUCUGAUGGAGCCAUUUUGGCCUACCGGUUCGGGGUGUGCCAGGUGCUUCCUUUCAGCUAUGGACGCGUCGUGGGCUGUACGAUCGUGGUGCCAACGGCCGGAGAAGCAUCCGCUGUUUGUCAUAGCUGAAAGGGAAAGCAUCUACAGAUUACUGCCACAAACUACUGCAAACAACUUACAGCCGAAUAUUCCGGCCUACACAAUAGAUCCCAUUUCCAGGUAUUCUAACCUUAAUACCCGAUGCGUCACGCCGAAUUCCGUUUUGAAACUUUAUAUAAGCGAUCACCCAAUAUCAUUGGAUGCAGAGAUGCCCCGACGAGAGACAGAUAAUAUAACGUUAAGGGCGAUGCUCAACUGGGCUGGACAUCCGGACUUGCAAUCGGCGACAUGUCCGAAGGCCCUUUGGGAUAUUGUGAUGAGGUAUCGACACGACCUUCUCCCUGAAUACAAUGAAGAGAACUAUAGAUAUAUAUACGAGUUGCUGGAAGAAAAAUUCUUGCCACAACUUGAAUACGAUUUAGACGACACGCGUUAUAGGUACCUUUUGGGUGUCUAUGUCGCUUUUAAGGGAGAAGUGCCUUACGCGCCGAGCAUCGCCUUAGACCAAGACAGUAUCCUUUCGCUUUUCCAAUCAAUGGUUUCUGUGCCAAGGCCUAUGCCAGUUCUAACAAAUACAAUAGUUGCAGUUCCGAGUAUAAAUCCGAACAGGCGACAAACCGUUGAUAACAGGGACGAAUCGGCAAUUGAACCGAUAAAGGCAAUCGGUAGUGGUAUAAGAGUGGCUCAACUAGCAGCCGAGUUAAACACGACGGCUCUACCUAAACCUAAACCUGUAAAGCCAAAAGACCUAAUGAGGGCUAUAGGAAAGAUAAGUCAGGAUGACUGGCAAAUUAAACAAAUCGAAGGAAAGAUUAACGAGAAUAGAUUUGGGCGUCCGAUGCCAUCUGCGGCAGAACGUGUACCCAAAUGGGACCGGGAACAAUUUCUUAACAGACAGCAUAGGGUACAACACGGUCAGACUGAGGACAAGUGGACGGCUGGCGAUACAAUCAUAAAGCGGGUCGAUAACAAAUUGAAGGACACUGGAAGGCCAGAACAAGGAAGGACUUCGGUAAAAUCUCUGAUGGCGAAAUUUUUGGAUAGGCCGGUCCCCCCGGUGCAAGUUCUUCAAGAGAAUCCGGGCAUAUCGAAGGGUGGACAGCGUCAUGUAGACCGAAGUCCAGCUAUUGUUCAACCUGGUAAUGCUUAUUCAACCCAACCCACUGAGGCAGUAGAUAGCCCUAGUCAGGAUGUGGCCACCAUUCCUAAUCCCUCAUCAACCCCCACGUCCACUGAGGCAGUCGAAAGGAGUAUUCAUGGGCUUGAAGAUAGCCCAACGAACCAGGACUUGCCUAGCAUUUCAACAAUAAACGAAUCAAAUACAUCUAGGUGUUAUCCCGUAUAUAAUGAUAGUGAUGACUACCAAAUGGACGACGAUAUGCUGAAUUAUCUUAGUGAUGUUUUUGAAUCUGCGCCAAUAAAUAUGCCGAGUACCUCUGCGUAUGAUGGUUCAGCAUCUAGUUUGGAAACGGCCUCAAAUCGGCAACAGACAAGGAAAAAACGACCACACAAAAAGAUCGCUUCAUCCAGCAGCGAGAUGGAGUCUGACGAAGAGGACAGUGAUUCUAGUGAUGACGACGAAAAGUCAUCAGGCACUGAAGUUUCAACUGAUAGUGAAUUUGCUUGUGAAGACAUCGGCGUCAAUAUUCCACCUCCUGCAAUACUAGUCACUGAAGCUCCUCCACACAUUUCACCUCCUCAAGAUUAUCCACUAAAUCGAACGAAAUCUGCAGGUGGCUUAGCUACUAAACGAGCUCUUGAGCUCAAACGUAAAUAUUUAUUAGGAGAAUCUAGUCCACCUGCCGUCAGAAAGUCAGAAUCCACUUCCCAAUUAGACUCGAAACUCGAAGCGUUCCGAAUAAACAUCACGGAGUUCCAAAAAAUGCUACAUCCUGCAACACCUACACCUCAAACAGGCACACCCAUCCUCUCCUACCAAUUUACUUUUGAAGAGAAAAAGCCACCGCCUGAUAUCCCUGACAUCAUUAAGAAUAUAUGCAACCAUGUCCCAGUUGACUUACUUACUAAAGGAGAUUCUAUACUCGAUUGGAAGAAACCAUUUAGAAACGAGAGAGAUCCAGAUUUGGAAACGGACUCUCUGUCGGAUGAGUCAUCUACUUCUGAUACUGAGCCCAACCGAUCUGUACCGAGACUCGAAGUACACAAUGAAGGUGGAGAAUUGAUACAAUUAAAUAGUUUAAUUCUAUUAAAUAAUGCAGUAGAAGAUAAAAUGUAUUCACGAACGACGACGGAAGAAGCUCCAGCUCUACUUGCAGAAGAAUCAGAAUCGUCCGAGUCUUGUAAAGAUGCAACAACACUUGCUCUUACAGAAACUGAAGUAUCGGAUUGGGCAACUGAAAUUGUUGUUAUAGAUGACUGCGGCCCAGAUGAAAAUGGUGUGAGGAAACGAAACAAAAACCCCAGAACUUUAAGUGGUCCAAAACUGAUACAGGGCUCUAAAAAUGUAGAAACCAUACCGUCACACGUUUGUGGGCGGGACGGCUCUGAGUCCGAACUAGUCGUCUAUUCGAACGCACCUGAAUACUUUGAAUUUGCCGACGAAGGUGAUCAGGAUCCUACCAUAGAAUCGACAUCAACACCUUGUAAUGAAGGUUACAUGGAACUGGUUGAUGAUGAAUACGAUCCCUACUCGGCGUCAAGGGAUCGCUCUAUAAAUUUUAUAGAGAGAGUCUGCUCUGACACCACAAUCAAACCUGACACGCACGAUACUCUCAAAUUUGCCUCAAACUUUUCAGAAUCACUAGAAUUCAUCGAUAGUUCAGAAUCCAAAUCGGGAAACUUACAUAAUACAAAAAUAGCAUCGGAACCAUUUUCCUUUUAUGAGAAAAUCCCGAGAUUAAAUGAAAGUAACGAUUCUUGCAGUUCGUCCUGUGCAUUGAAAAAUGUUGAGAAUAGUAUUAUAAUCGAGGCUGUAAAUGACUUGAAAGUACAAAAGAAGAAAGAAUCGCUAACGGAAAUGUCUCCACCAUUAUUAAGUAUGACUGACAAAAACGGGGUCGUAGCAAGUUAUAGUAGUACCAAAAAUGGCAACUCUUUAGAUGAUGUAUCGCCACCGUUACUCUCUGACAGUAUUAGCCAUUCUCGUAGCUUAACUAAGGUAAACUACGAGACUAAGCCAAUACCUGGAGAGAAAUUUAAAAAUAUACGCAAUUAUUCGCCAGCAAUUUGUCGAUCAGCCAGCGAAAAUUUAGGUGGACCUCGAACUAAAAAAACGACCUCAAGUGACAGUAAUUGGUCGAUACCUUUAAAUUAUAAGAUUCCUAGAGCUAGGGACAGCCCUUAUCAAUUGCAGUCACAAUUAACGAAAGUAGAAGAGUUAAAGCGGCAAAGAGAAGAACAAACUGAAGUGGUAAGAAGACUGGUCCUACAGCGAUUGGGUGGAGCGAAACUCGUCAAGAAAUCCACCGCAAGAAGUAGAAGUAGAGUCCUACCAUCAACUAUGACUCCGCCCCCGGUACCUCCGCCGCCCAUCUUACCAGCGCCCUUGCUGCCCGACAUCUUUCCAGAAGUUCCUCCACGACCGACAUCACAGCCCCGACUGUCCUUAUCGAUGCAAUCUUCCCUCUCAGACCCAGAAUUAAAUAGAGAACAACGCUCCAGCAAGGGUUUCCUUAAGAGUAUAUCUAAUUAUUUCAACAAGCAUCUUGGACCUAAGCACAAGUGUGAAUCGGAGCCGGACCUGACGACGCACCCCGCUCGGCCUAAUGAGAGAGCAAACUCAAGUCGACACACGUGGUACCAGCCCACGGCAACCACACCUCAAUCUACGCCUCGUCCAACAGUGAGCGCGUCCAACGCGAGUCCUCUGCGGGAGAAUACAGUGAUAAGUCCAAAUUUUCGACGGGAUCGAAGUUCUGGAACCCGCAUAGACACAGUAAACCAGCAGGUUGAUCAACAAUAUAUGUCUUCAGAACGAGAUAGGCCUGAAUCAGACGUGUUGGAGAUGCCUCUGCCCGCACCUACGUCAGCAGCAGCUACGACUGCUGGAAACAUACGUGAUAAAGUAGCUCGCGAGCAACGUGAAAAAUCAAUAUGGAUAAGGAGGGCAAGACGAUUAGAAAGGAUUUCGAUACGUGAGAAUGAAAAUCAAGACCACAUCGUGGCUCAGAUAUUAGAUAUACGGGCUACGGAAGAGUCCAGGAGGUCAAUGGAAGAAGCACAAAGAACGAUGGAAAGCAUGCUGAGAGCUAAGUGGGGAAGCGUCGGAGAUUAGCUACAUUUAUUAAGUCACUCGGUCGCUACAUCGGGAUAAAUAAGUUUUUUAUAUUAGAUAUAUCUUAAUGAUUAAACGCUUGCCCAAUAGACUGGGUAUAAAUGAAAAGCCCUCGUGUUAAGAGAAGGUGUUUUCAUUCUUAAUUGAAAGUCAAAAAUACUAUUUUUUCUAUACAAUAAUAUCUAUAAUUAACUACAUAGUAACAUUUAAUUAAUUUAUUAAAUAAUCGACGCCCUGCUUAAACACUACCGGCCUUAUUAAUUACCUUAUUAGCUUAAGUCUUAAUUCUGAGGAAUAUUUAGUUAAAUAUAGUGAACCGAAUUCAUUUAAACCAAUCAAUUUGCAAUAAUCGUAAGGCCGUUGAUAAAUGUAUUAUUAAUUAAUUUUAUGAUCCUAUAGAGGUGUAGUAUUUUGCUGUAUUAUAUUUUGUAUACAUAUUAAUUUUAUUAUAUGGCAACUGAUAGGUUGAAUUAUAAAAACGAUUGUUGGUAAGCAAUUGCAAUAUUGGGAUUUUGGUUUGUCUUUGGUGUCUUUAAUCCCAUACCUUUUACGGUAAAUUUGUGGGAGAGGUCUAAAGUAUGUUAAGGCAAAUCGUUUAUGUUAAUAUGUAGUUUAUAAGCACGUUACCUAAUCUAUUGUUUUUUUAUAUAAUAGAAUUAGGCCGGAGAUUAGAUUCCAAAGCUUUAAAUCGGGUAUUAGUGGAAUAGUAUUUUUUUUCUCUGUUGCCAGCGCACACUAAAGUAUUUAAAUAUUAUUUAUUGCGUUCCACUGUUGAAAUACCAAUAUUAAACGUAACGGUUAGAAAGGUUUUUACACGUGAGUGAGCAAAGUAAUUCAUGUUUCAUGGAUUACAGAGUAAGGGCGCAAGGGCGUGAGAAUUUAAACUAAUUGUUUGUGAUUAGUUUAACGUAAUGACGUUUCAUGGGGCGUGUCAACACGUAUGGCGUCAACGUAUAUUGAGCAAUCACAAUCGUCUUUUGUUAAACAUUUUCAGUCUAAGGUGAUUGAGGUCUUUAAGCUCUUGUGGUCAUCGCUGUGACUGACUAAAAAAAUAACUUGGGUAGAGAUUAUAAAUUAACAUUAUUUUGUACUAUUUUUACACUAACUGUAGUGUUAUAAGAGCGAUAGCGAUUCUAAACUAUGGUAUUAAUGUCAAAGGGGUUCUACACCCGAAGAUUUGGCGAGAGGGGAACGUAUAUCGCUUACAGUGAGGUUUAAGCUCCUUAGACAUUGUUAACUGUUUGCCUCUUCAGUUUUUGCGCUAUGUUGAAAUGAUAGAACAGCGCUUUUUAAUAGUUCAAUAGUUAUGAAUGAGAAUAUAAACUCCAUUCACGACAGUCGAUUUUCUUUUAAACUUCGGAAAGGUUUAAGAAUAAUUUUAACGUUGAUAAAUAUUUGAAGCUACUAGAAUAAUAGUUAAUAUGGCCACAUGCAUAGACAAUAUUUAUACCGACAUCAUUAUAGACUAAUUGUAAAAAAAAAAUUAAAUAUCUGAACUCAAACAUGAGCGUUUCAAUAGGUUCAGGUACCACUGUUUGUAAUACACAAUUUUUGGAGAUGACUUGAUCUACUUAAAUAAUUAUUUGAAACAUUUAUUGAUGUGUUUAAGAUUGUAUUUCUUUCAAAGGCCUAUUUGGUCUCGGGAAAAUCUACAUUUUGUGACUGGCAAACUGAGCGUUACUAAAAAUUGUUAAAAUAAUUGGAUUUAUAUUUACAGUUUACUAAUACUGAGGAGUUUAAGUAACCUUUUUGUUUCACCGUAGGCGAUGAUUUGUUAAUUAUUUUUUUUCUACAAUUUUCUCUAUUUUAUUAAAUGAUUUACUUAUAAAUUUUAAUGUAUGUUAUUGUCAUAUAUUUACUAUAAUUUGAAUGUUUUAUUAAAAUAUAAUUCGUUUUUUUUUUAAUUACUUUUUCUAUGCUAUUUAACUUACUACUUCUUUAAUUCUGACAUUUCCCCUAUAUUAAUACUAACAAUUAUUUUUAAUUAUAAAUAAAUUAAAUUAAUUUUGUACGCAAUUAAAUAAAACCAAAGAUGUUUCCUAGAGUUAUUGUUCCAAAAUUUGUGUGCAAAAAAUACAAAAACACACUUACAAUAAUAACUUUUUCAGACGUCCAUUCACUCUGAAAAAUAAGUCAUGUAUAAAUUUGAGAUUAAAGUUAUUUAUUGUGAAA